AUGACGACUACCGCUCAAUGCCGGAGCGCAAAGUCCACCUCUGCCAACAAGACUCACCUGCCUGGUCAUCCUACCUCUGCCUUUGUGCCAGAUUUGAAGGCUGCUUUCGUGGACGCAAAAGUUGGCGGCAUACCGACGUACAGGCUGACGGAUGGUCAUGGAAAGUUGAUAGAGGGGGUGCAGGAGGAUAGUCUGAAGCUCGGCAAAGAGGAAGCGGUGAGGAUGUAUCGGACAAUGUUGUUGCUGCCCACGCUGGACGUGAUCCUGUACGCCUCUCAAAGGCAAGGCCGCGUGUCCUUUUGGAUGACGAGCACAGGGGAGGAAGCAUCAAUAGUCGGAUCUGCUGCGGCUCUAUCAGACACCGAUGAGGUCUUUGCUCAGUACAGGGAAUUUGGAGUGCUCCUUUGGCGUGGGUACACGGUGGACAAUGUGAUGGAUCAGGUCUUUGGAACUUGCGACGAUCCAGGAAGAGCCAGACAAAUGCCUGUGCACUUUGGCUCAGCGAAGCAUCACUUUCAUACCAUCUCUUCUCCGCUCGCUACUCAAAUCCCUCAAGCUGCGGGUGCUGCGUACGCUCUCAAGCGCACGCCUGGGAGAGAAAAUGAUGUCGUGGUAUGCUACUUUGGUGAAGGUGCAGCCAGCGAAGGGGACGCGCAUGCGGGGAUGAACAUUGCGGCCACCCUCAGAUGUCCGGUGCUAUUCAUCGUGAGAAAUAAUGGCUUCGCCAUCUCCACACCCGCUGCGGAGCAGUACAUGGGCGACGGCAUCGCCUCUCGAGGUCCGGGCUACGGAAUGCCUGCCAUUCGAGUCGAUGGAAACGACGCUUUGGCGGUGCGAGCAGCAGUCAGCGAAGCGCGGACACGAGCCAUCAAGGAGCAGAGACCAAUGCUGAUAGAAUGCAUGACCUAUCGGGUCGGUCACCAUUCCACAAGCGAUGAUUCCAGCGCUUACCGCAGCGCAUCGGCCGUCGAAAAUUGGAAAAAGGUGGACAAUCCGCUGCAUCGGAUGGCUUCCUACCUCCGAGAUCGAGCCUGGUGGGAUGAUGCGAUGGAAGAGGAGACGAAAAAGGCAUUUAGGAACGAAGUGGUGCGCGCGAUGGGAGUUGCCGAGAAGAAGAAGAGGCCAAACUUGAGCUCCCUCUUUGAGGACACGUGGACCAAAGUGCCCCCAAUCCUGCAAGAUCAGCGAGCAGAGCUGGCGCGUCUAGUGGACCUGUACGGCAAGAGCGAAGAGUGGGCCAAGGAGCUGCCCAAAUACGAAGACGCCGGCAAGGACCUGGAGCAAUGGAAUCGCAAGAAGGCUUAG